CUUCUUCUUCUUCUUCUUCUUCCGGCCACCAGGCUCCGCCGCCGCCGCCGCAGUCUCCAUCCACACAUUCUCGAAGCGAAGAGAAGCGAAGCCGCGGGAGGGGAGGAAUGGGGUGGAAGGCGGCGGAGAAGCUCAUCAGGCACUGGAAGAUCCUGCGCGGCGACAACGUGAUGAUCAUAAGGGGGAAGGACAAGGGGGAGAGCGGGCUGAUCAAGCGGGUCAUCCGGUCGCAGAAUCGCGUCAUCGUCGAGGGCAAGAAUCUGGUUAAGAAGCAUAUCAAGCAAGGGGAAGGACAUACAGGCGGGAUCUUUUCAAUUGAAGCUCCACUUCAUGUUUCAAACGUACAAGUAAUUGAUCCAGUCACUGGGAAACCAUGUAAGACUGGAUACAAGUAUUUGGAAGAUGGCACUAAAGUCAGGGUCUCCAGAGGAAUGUAUGCAUCUGGUGCUGUGAUACCUCGGCCAGAAAUUUUGAAGGAGAGAAAAAAGCCGAGACCCACAUCACCUGGCCCAAAGGAUACACCAUUCGAGCAUGUGCUGGAGAAGACCUAUGAUGCGAAAGCUGGGCUUGGCAUGCCGGAUCUAUAGAGAAGGCCUCUGUUGCUGAGAGCGGGAACCAGUCCAGUAUAUGGCGAUUCAUGUGUCGUAGUUUAAGGCAGUAGGAACAAUGCAGUUAAGCCGGGAGUCACUCGACAUGUAUUCGCGAAUAAACCUAGCAUGUCUGUUUUCUUGGCUUUUGUCAGAAUCUCUUAUGUUCCAGAAACUUGUACUUGAAGCCUAAAUCUGAAUGAUGUGUAUCUUGUUGAUGAGAUACUCAUUUUUAUGAUGAAAUGCCCAGGAAAAAAAUGUGAACCUGCUUGUGUUUCACCAGAA